ACAAGUUGGGAGUCUCAACGGGCGGCAGUCAGACAGUCCAGAGACAUAUAGCACAAAUAGAUAUAGGAGCGUAUGCAGAGCUAGAGAAGAUGGCCGACGGUGCUGCCAACUCGAAGCGGGACAGCGCCUCCAGGAACCCCAUGGAAAUGGCAGCGGCGACGCAGGGCCCCACGUUGGGCGCCAUUUCCUUGAGCGAGGAUGCAGAGCCAUCGAGCAGCAGCGGCAGUGGCAGUGAGCAGCCAACCAGCUCUGGGGAAACGGAUAGCGAAGGUGAUGCCAACAGCACAUCCGAUCCUGAUGCGAACGCCAUGGUAGACAAUACUGGCGAUCCCCAGACAAACAAUCUGUACAAUCCGCUGGCCGGAGAUUCGGACAACGACCUGGAUGAGGUGGAGAUCUACUGCGAGGAGACCAUCUCCCUGCUGGCCCACGAGAUUCUCUGCUGCGAGGGCGACAGUGACUCGGAGACGGAAACGGAGACCGACGGCGACGAGGACACCGAUGAGGCCAAGGGCAGUGACAAGCUGGAGGACAUCCUGGAGUACGGGCUGCACAAUCCCUACCAGCUAAUGUUCAGCGAAGAGGACGACGAGAAUCCCAAUGCGAGCGAUACAGAGGAUACAGAGAACACCACACCGAUCGUCAGCGAGACAAUCGUCCUCCUGGAGGAGGAUCAACCGAGCGAAGAGAAGCCCGAGUCUCCCUCCAAUAUAUCUUCUUCAGGCGGCUUUCUCGUUUCCACUAACAUAAGCUUUGAAUAAAAUUCCAUGGGAUAUUUGGUGGCAAUCAAAAUUAUGGCUAAACUAUUUAUGCUGAACCAACAUUUGGCGGGACAAUUCACUUUGGCAUUUUAUUUUUAGCCGCAUAUUUAUGUAUUCAUUCAAAUUUACAUGCAGUGUUUUAUGCAUAAGCUACACAAAGGACCUAAAGCGGAUAAAGUGUGACUACCCCGGGGAACAAAGAGUCUAGCUUUGCUGUAUAAAUAAACACAAUAUUUUUAUUAUCAUGAA